AUGGCGAUGGCGUCUUCAGUUUCAAAGAAAUUCCUCCCCCCAAAUGCGUUCAUAAAACGAGAAACACAAUACGAGCCUUUAACAAGCGGCGAAAAUGAUAUAGAAAGCGAAAGCGGUAGCGACACACUUCUGUUAUUAUCGAAACGCGGAUUCAAUAGCGUCAGUUUCUUCUCGUGGCUCGUAAUCAUUGCCAAUCUUGUAAUUUUCGUUUUCUCAGGCUCUGCUCUCUUCCAUACCUAUAAAAGAGGCGAAAAGAUCCAUAUAAAUGAGAAUUUGAAGACGUUGUCACUAUACUUUGGGUGUCCCUGCAACCACGUUGUAAGGAAACAAGCUAUUUACAAAGUACUCAGCUCCCCUCCUCAGCGCCAUCGAAAUCCCCCUCACAACUCGCAUGAGCCUAGCACAAUACGGAGAUGGCGGCUCCACAAUCUACAGCGACCCCCCAAGUCCAGAAGUAGAUGCCAUUGGUCACGCCUAAGCCCCGAGCACAUCUGGUCCGUCUCUCACUCGGACAUUUUAAAGAUGCGGAAAGACCCUGAGGUUGUAGCCAAACUUCCACCAGAGUACGGAGAAAAUGCCUACGUCGGAAAAGCCCUCGCAUUUCAUCACAUCUACUGCCUAAACAGCAUCCGACAAGCCCUGUACAAAGACUACUACUACCCCGAUGGUGACCCCUAUCCUCUAUUCAAUCUUCAUACUAGCCAUUGUAUUCAGGUGUUAUUGGAACAUUUAAUGUGUGAGCCCGAUCCAGGGAUUUAUCUGUUUAGGUGGAUGGACAAGUAUCCGAUGCCGAUUGCGGAUACGAAUAUUUGGAGUCGGUGUUGGGAUUUUGAGAGUUUUUUGGAACAGUAUCGGAGCAUGGCCAUUUCGAAUAUUUCGGAGUUGGAUUUAGUGAAGCCGGACUAUGGGAAGUUUGUUCCUGCGCCGACUUUUAUUGUUGAGACGCUUGAGAAUGCGACUAAGGUAGAGGAUGGAAGUGUGUAA